UCCAACUUUAAUAUUGGCGCAAGUCAUACGCAAGUAAAUGUAAAAUAAUAUUUUCCAUAUUUUUACAUUUUAAAAAUAGACUAUUUUUUCUCAGCGUACUUGCGAACCAGUUGCCCAGGCACUAGGAUCAUUUAACUUACCUUACCACCAUGUACAGUUCUCAGACGGAGACUUCCGUUGACUGCUACAGCGAUGGCUUUGAUGGUGCUUAUUACGACGACGCUAUUAGCUCCGAUGAUUUCUUCUUGAAUUCAACAAAUUUCGAAAACGAUGUUGAUGAUUCCAAAAACACUGUCAUUAAGCCAAAAAAAUACAGGAUCCUCAGAGAAUACGAUAUACGUCAGCGCAUGGAUGAUGAUAUCACUCGACUUUCUUUAGUCCUUUCUUUACCAAAACCAGAGGCAAGUAUUUUACUCUGUUACUUCAAUUGGUCUGUCUCUAAAGUCCUUGAAGCUUGGUUUUCUGAUGAAUCUGCAGUCCGUGAAAAAGUAGGCUUGCUCGAUAAAGGAAUUUUGUUUCCUGAUAAAAUUUUCUCUGUCUGUGGGAUUUGUUUCGAGUCCUUCUCUAAUGAUAUGAUAAUCACUGCUGCUUGUGGCCAUCCUUAUUGUAAUCAUUGUUGGUCUAGUUAUAUUAGCACUUCUAUUACCAAUGAUGGUUUUAGGUGUUUGAUGUUGAGAUGUCCUGAGCCGUCUUGUACUGUUGCUGUCAGUCCGCGCAUGAUUGAUUCACUAGUGUCCAUAGAUGAUAAGAGAAAGUAUGCUCAGUGCCUUAUUAGAUCUUAUGUUGAAGAAAAGAAGAAAAUGAAGUGGUGUCCUGGUAGAGAUUGUGGUUUUGCUAUUGAGAUUUUUGAUGGGAAUACAAGUUUUGAUGUUACUUGUGACUGUUUUACUAGUUUUUGCUGGAAUUGUAGUGAGGAAAGUCACCGUCCUGUGGAUUGUGAGACUGUUAAAAAAUGGAUUUUGAAGAAUAACUCAGAGUCUGAAAAUGUGAACUAUAUACUAACUUAUUGCAAGCCUUGUCCUAAUUGCAAGCGACCAAUUGAAAAGAAUGAAGGGUGUAUGCAUAUGACAUGUAGGGUCUGUAGACACAGCUUUUGCUGGUUGUGUCUUUCUUCGUAUGACAAUCAUAGACAAUGCAAUGGAUAUACAGAUAACUUGGACAGGAAAAAAGAAAUGGCAAGGCAAUCUUUGGAGAAAUAUACACAUUAUUUCGAAAGAUGGGAUGCUAAUCGACGGUCAAAGUUGAAAGUAUUUGCAGAUUUUCAACAUAUUAAGGAUGUGAAAUUCAAAAAGCUUAGUCAGAUACACAGUAUACCUGAAGUUAAUCUUGAUUUUAUAACAAAGGCAUGGUUACAGGUAGUUGAAUGUAGGCGAGUGCUUGAAUGGAGCUAUGCAUAUGGAUAUUAUUUGCCUGACGAUGAGGUUGUUAAGAAACAGUUUUUUGAGUACUUGCAAGGAGAAGCGGAGUUUGGACUAGAAAAGCUGCAUAAUUGUGCAGAGAAAGAACUGGAACAGUUUCUUGAUUCUGAUAGCUCGUCAAUGGAUUUUAGAAAAUUCCGGACAAUGCUAGUUGGACUGACAGUUGUGACUGGAAAUUACUUUGAGAAGCUAGUAAGAGCAUUGGAGAAUGGCCUAUCUGAUGUUGUCUCUGAUGGGGCUAGCAGUUCAAGGGAUAAAGUAGAAGAUUAUUGGCUCUGUGAUUGUUGCAGUUAUGCCAAUCCUGGGACUGUCUUAGAAUGCCGGAUGUGUGUCUCGAUGGAUGAAGAUUAAGUUUACAGAUAGAGAAUCUUCAGCUAAUUGUGACAAUUGUUGGGUGAAAUGCUCUGAACUCUCAUCAUAUUGCUGUAUAAUUUAGGAAUAACUUUUGCCUUUCUUUUACUAUUUGGUAUAUGUAUUUAUGCAGGUAUAGUCAGUGUUGACUGCAAAUUAGUACAUCCCUUCACAACAGUAAAUUAGUAAUCUUUCUUUCA